UCCCGCCCUCUCCGUAUGGCGAACGGCAGCCCGGAAGGGUUAAUCCGCGGCCGCCAGUUUUGCAGUAGGUGAACGGACCUCACAGGCGUCUCUGCAGAGGCAGAGCCCCCACUGGGCGCCGCGCCCUUAACGUGGACUGCUGCGGGCGAGACCCGGAAGCCCGCGGGGUCCGGAAGUGGCGGCGCACGCCUCGGGACCCUCGACAUCUCAGGACGUGCGGUACGCGGUGAGACGCGGCGACGGCUGCCUUUCGCCGCGUUCUCCUCGGGUUGGAGGCGGGCGCGGCGGUCACCACUUGUCCCUCAUUCCCCUGUGUGACCCGGCGGGAAUGGCUGCCCCGUCCAUGAAGGAGAGGCAGGUGUGUUGGGGCGCCCGCGACCAGUACUGGCGGUGCCUCGACGACAACGCAGACGACACGGCCCGCUGCCGUCAGCUGAGGAGCUCGUUCGAGGCGAGCUGCCCCCAGCAGUGGAUAAAAUAUUUUGACAAAAGAAGAGACUAUUUAAAAUUUAAGGAAAAAUUUGAAGCAGGACAAUUUCAGCCUUCACAGUCAACUGAGAAUUCCUAGGCUUUUCCUAAGAUUUUUACAAAGACUGAAAUUACUCUUCUCCUGGACAUUUAAAGAUGCUCUGCUGAUUCUGGGACAAUGGCAGUGUGAAUCAUGCCCAACCUGGGUGCUGGGAUCCAUACUCUGAUCUGCACAAAUAGUACUCUUAAUCCCUGCAUCAUCUCUCCAGCCCGGUCAUGAUUCUUAGUAAGAAAAAUACUGUUUACCAAGUGGGAAAAUGAUAUGAAGAGAUACUCCUUGAAAGAAAAUGCAAUUGAAGA